AUGUUCAAACAAGAAUUAAAUCCGAGCAAAAUAGAAUAUUAGUAAUUUAAUUUCCUACAACACGUCAGCUGGGCAUUUGAAUAAAAUGAAGGUACUUAUGUUUUUGAUAGUCAUCAAUUGAAUCAAACACAAACCAAACUAUUUACAACUGUAAUACAAGACGAUUAAAUUAAACAUCUUACAUGGUUGUUUCGAAAAUGUCACAAUGAGAGUGAAUUACAAAAAUAAAAUGCAGCAUUUAUAGAUCUUUAACGUAUGAUCAUACAUAUUUUUAAAUUUCUAUUACUAUUUGUUAGCAAUAAAAUGGAUGACACAAAAUUAAGAACUUUGAUGAACUCAAUAAGUAUUCUAAACGAAAAUAAUAUUCUCUAAAUAUACCUACCGGACCCUGAUCCAGAUAUUUUGCAUUAAAAAUAUUCCCGUGAUUCAAUAUUACGACAAGGAGAUGAUCAGGAAAAAAACUUUGAAGUCAUACUUAAUAUUUGGUUUGAACUUAAAGAUGAAACCAUAAAAGAUAUUAUAUUACCUCAAUCUGAUUUUUAAUUUUUAUAAGACUUGUAAAGAUUAAAUGCCUGUUUAAAUAUGAAUUAAAGCAGUAAAAUAGCUGCAAAAAAUAAGGAUAGAGAAAAGGAAAAAAAAAGAAAGAUGGAAUUAGAGAAAGAAAAACAAGCUUAAAAAAUGUUUUAAAGUUAAUUGAGGAAAGAACAACUACAUUCUAUGAAAAUGGUCAAAAUUGCUUACAAAGAAGGAUCCCAAUCACUUUUUCUAUAACCGAAUGGAAAUAUAGUUAAAGGCAAGGUUUGGUUUCCAUACAAUUCUCCUCAUCUUUGUCCUUUAUGGUUGAGUUCCAAAUUUGAAAUCUUAUCAUCAUACUUUAACAAUAACUUAAAUGCAGAUUUAAGAAAAUAUUGUGGUUUAGUCUCUUAUAGCGGUCCUGUAAAUGAUUACUUUGAACCUCACACAUAUGAUUUUGAUAAUGAAACAGAAGGAAUAAUGAAAACUCUCUCAGAUGAGACAACUUAUAAAGGAGGAUUUAAAAAUGGACUUAUUGAUGGAACAAAUAGAGUCUACAAUAAUGCUAGCACAUUAUUAUAUUAUGGAGGAUAUAAAAUUGGGUAAAAACAUGGAGAAGGAUAUAGCUUGGAAUAUUAUUCUUAAUAAAACUAGCCAACAUAUAUGAAAGGUCAGUAUGAGUCAAAUUUGAAACAAGGUUUAUUUGUUAAUCACAUACUCGUUGACGGUUCAAAAAGGGAAAAAUAAUUUUAGAAACAGGGAAGUAUAUAAGAAUAUUACAAGAAUGGAAUUAAACAUGAUAGGCUCCCAGCAGACAUCUAAUAAUAUAAGGCCAGUUAAAAUCCAAGUUGCUAUUUAUUGAAUUUCAAUGAAUAUGGAAUAAAUAAUUUUUAAUUAGCUUCGCUUCGACCAGGAGGAUGGAUAAAUUCCAGUGUAAUUGAUAUUUUGCUGAAAUAAUUGUUAUUUUUGGUAAACAACUCAAAUCUCCCAAGUCAAAAUACUGGUAUUUAAAAUAUGAAAACAUGUUUUAUAAAUUGUAGUCAAUUUUAAGAUAUUUUUGGAAGCAUGGUGACAAAAGGUGAAAAAAUAAACCAUAAAAUUUUUGAUGAAAUGAAUGAUUUACAUUAAAGUUAUCUAAUGAAAGAUAAAUUAAAUGGUGAAAAUUAAUUUGUUCAAAAUUUUCGGAUAGUGUUCUACUUUAACUUAGAUAGAAGUCAUUUUUUAUCAGCUGUGUUUGAAAAUGAACGGUUAUAUUUAAUUGACUCCUUAAGAGAUAAUCGAAAAGCAGUUGUACACUAAAUUACAUUAUUCUUAUAAUAUUUUGGAUUUAAGGUUUAAGAAUAAAAUGAGAAUUUUAGGAUCAGUUAGCAGCAAAACUCUUUUGACUGUGGAGCAUAUACAAUAUUUUAUGUAAGUUAAAUAAUAAAACAUCAACAUUUAACGAUAGAAUAAAUGAUUAACAAAAAUUGCUUCGAAAUUUCACAGUCAUAAAUAAACUAUUUAAGAUAUCUAAUUUAUUUAAACUUAAUAGGCGAUGGGGCAUCAAUCAUAUAAUUGUGA